GGCCGCGAAAUUUAAAAAAAAAGUUACGUCACGAAAAAUCAAUAACUUGCAUUAGAAAAAAAUAUCCGUCGAAAGUAGCGAUAUUAAACGUGCUUCAAUUUUAAUUUUUAUCUUUAUCUUAAUAGAAAAACUUUACUUAUAAUCUUACUAUUACUGGCUCUUUGUCAAUUUUGUAACAUCUGUAUGAUUUCGUUUAGUCAAAAUUUAUGAGCUUUGUAACGCAAUUGGGAUUCGCUUUUCAAAGCAUAUUGCGAGUUUCUAUCCGUCGUAGUUAUCACAGUAACAUUCGCAACAUGAAAUAUGUAAAGCUUUCACAAACAGAUGAUUUAAUGCCCACAUUAGGACUUGGAACUUGGCAGGCGCCACCAGAUGUGAUAGAGACCACGGUUUACAAAGCUCUCGAAUUAGGAUACAGACACAUAGAUACAGCUUUCAAUUAUAACAACGAAGAGGCUAUUGGUAGCGCUAUUAAAAAAUGGAUUAAUGACGGAAAAGGUGCAAGACGUGACUUAUUUAUUACUACUAAGCUUCCUCAUGUAGGAAAUCGCGCGUCAGACGUGAAGACAUUUCUCGAUCUGCAAUUAAGUCGUUUGCAGAUGGACUAUGUAGAUUUAUACUUAAUACACGUGCCUUUUGGUUUUCACUGUGAUCCAGAGACCCUCACGCCGCGCAUCAAACACAACGGCGACUAUGACUUGGACAUGGAAACCAACCACAUAACGACAUGGAAGAAAAUGGAAGAAUGUCAGAAAGCGGGACUGAUUCGCAACCUUGGUUUGUCAAAUUUCAAUGAAAAACAAAUGAAGAUAAUAAAAUCGGCAACGCUGAAACCACAGGUGCUGCAAGUAGAACUACACGCCUAUUUUCAACAACUAGACCUCCGGAAAUUUUGCGCCGAGAACAAUAUAGUGGUGACUGCGUAUGCCCCUUUGGGCAGCCCGGGAGCUAAAGAUCAUUUUGUCAACAAAUAUAAUUAUAGCCCUGAUGCUUUUCCGGAUUUGCUAGGCCACCCAGAUGUGAAAGAGAUAGCUGAAAAACAUGGAAAGACCACAGCCCAAGUGCUGCUGCAUUUCUUAGUCAAUCAGAAGAUUGUCGUGAUCCCAAAAAGUACCAGUGAAAAUAGGUUAAAGGAGAAUUUCCAAAUAUAUGAUUUUGAGUUAUCACCACCAGAAGUUAAUCGCCUUAAGAAACUAGAUAAAGGAGAAAAUGGUCGCAUUUUCAACUUUUUGUUUUGGAAAGGCGUAGAGAAGCACCCAGAAUAUCCAUUCCAGUUAUGCGCAGUUGAUGUCACAAAAGCUUAGUUUGAAAAAAAAAACUAAACACGAUGUUCACAUUCUAGUCAUUCACUACCUCUAUAAUUUUUAGAUUUUGCCGGUUUGGACGUACACUAUAAAAUUAUGUUGCUUCAACUACUUUUAGUCAGUUAAACUGACAAUAUCUGUGUUAUUAUGCUUAAUGAAAUAUGAAAUAAAAUUUCAAGAGUACUAUGCAA